AUGGCGUCACAGAACUUUCGCGACUCCAUGAACUCGCUCGGGUGGAGCCGGCGCGAUCCUGACCUGCCCGUGAGCACUGCGCAGACACCGCUCUGGUCCCGCCUCAACCCUUUUGGCGGCGGUGGUUACGUGAGGCUGCCGACCCACGAGGGCCCGGGAGCGCCGCUGCCCGCCCCGACGCGUCGAGAGGAGGAGGAGGGAUGGCUUGCCCUGAGCCGAUGGGAUCGAAUGCUCAUCUUUGGCGGCCUGAACCUGGCCGCCGCUGCUAUGUUUGUCGUCUGCUUCGCCCUGAUGCCCACCGGCGUCUUCCUGCUGAAGCCUAGGAAGUUUGCUAUCCUGUGGACCAUGGGCUCCGUGCUCUUCUUAGCUUCCUGGGCGGUCAUGAUGGGCCCAAUGCAGUAUGUGCAACAUCUUACCUCCGGGCCUCGCUUGCCCUUCACUGCCACCUACUUUGGCAGCAUCGCACUGACGCUGUACUUUUCGCUUGGGCUACACUCCACCAUCCUCACGCUCAUCUCGUCGAUCGUGCAGCUGGUUUGCCUGCUGUGGUAUCUCGUCUCUUAUUUUCCGAUGGGAUCGUCCGGCUUGCGCUUCGCCGCUCGGUUUGGCGGCAACCGAGUUGCUGCAUGGAUGAACGAUUAA